AUGGCGUCCUUCUCCAACACACCUCCCGAAAUCAUCGAAGAAAUUAUCAACGCUCUAGGUGAUGAUGUUGCCGCCUUAAAAGCAUGCUCACAGACCUGCUCAUCACUUCUCCCGUCAUGUCGCAAAUGCCUGUUUCGAACCAUCCAUAUCACUCCUCGUGACCAUCCCCAACGAAACCUUCCACGCCUCAUCACAUCAUUCGGUACUCUUCUCGACAGAAAUCCAGGAAUUUCAGAUUACGUUCGGAACUUUGUGCAUCGCAUCUGUACACCAGAUCUCGACGAUGACGAUGUGUUGAGGGUGCUGGGGAGACUUCGCCGGGUGCAGUCUUUCAAGCUGGGAAUGGGUGACCGCGUAAUAGAGUGGAAGACACUACGUCAACCGUUUCGUGAUGCUUUACUGCGCCUCAUCCACUUGCGCUCCAUUUCCCGUUUGAAAAUAUCUGAUAUCCAAGAUUUCCCGAUUAAAACUUUAUGUCCUUGUGCCAACUUGGUCGACCUCACUUUACUCUCCGUCUGGGGUUCUGCAGCUGGAAUUGACGACGAUGAGCAGGGGGAGGGGAAUUUUGUCCCGGAAGCCGUUGCACCGCAGCUUCAAUCCUUCAAUUUCGAUUCGUGGAGCAGCCCAUAUGUUCUUCAUCUUCUCAACUACAGACGGUCCGAUGGCAUUCCUGUGCUAGACUUUGGUAGCGUCCGGAGGUUAACGGCCGAGGGACAAAAUGAGCAGGAUUUGGUGGUAAUCCAGGCGUUGAUCAAGGCUACGCAGAAUCUCGAAGUUAUUAAAUAUAGCGGUACGUAUGCAUGCACUCAAAAUGCGUCGUCAUGGAUCUCAUAUGCCAUAUCUCACUCAUCAAAUUUAGUGAUCGAGCUGAUCAACGGAUACGCAGGUCUCGCUGUGGCAUUAAUGAACACCCCAUCUCUAUCAACCUUGCGAAAGUUGUGCCUUAGCCACGAAAUUAAUGGAGAAGGUCAAGACCCCUUGUGUGGGCUCCCCGAGGCGCUUAGAGGGCUCUCCGGGCGCAACGUGAUUGAAGAAAUUUACCUGGAAGUUCUCGUUGAUACGGACUGUCAGUGUAACACUGGGACCCUUGAAUGGGGAAGGUUGGAUGCUGCACUCGAACAUGGCUUCCCAAUGCUUCGCCAUGUUUUGCUUGACAUUGCAGUUUGGGUAUUCUCGUCUCAUAAUGCUGGCGAGAUCUUGCGGGCAAAGUUGGAUGAACUUCCGGCGAAGUGCUUUCCGUGGCUAUCUAAAAACCCGACAGUAUUGUUCAGUUUUUCUACGAGAAUAGAGUGGGUUUAA